GAAGCACUAGAUAUUGCCGCGGAUUGGCUGACUGGGGCGCAGCUUAAUGGCGUCGGGCUGGCUAGCCGCGGUCCCGGCGGCGGCCCCUGGGCGAAGGCCGCCUUUGUGAAAGGGCCUCUGGCCCGAGCUUGCUGUGGCAACAGGGAGUGGAAAUUGGAGGCAGGAGCCUUCCUUGCACUGCGCCAUGAGUUUCUUGAUCGACUCCAGCAUCAUGAUUACCUCUCAGAUACUUUUCUUUGGAUUUGGGUGGCUUUUCUUCAUGCGCCAACUGUUUAAGGACUAUGAGGUACGUCAGUACGUGGUACAGGUGAUCUUCUCUGUGACUUUUGCGUUCUCUUGCACCAUGUUUGAGCUCAUCAUCUUUGAAAUCUUAAAAGUAUUGAACAGCAGUUCCCGUUAUUUUCACUGGAAAAUGAACCUGUGUGUAAUCCUUCUGAUCCUGGUUUUCAUGGUGCCUUUUUACAUUGGCUAUUUUAUUGUAAGCAACAUCCGACUAUUGCAUAAACAGCGUCUGCUCUUCUCCUGUCUCCUAUGGUUGACCUUCAUGUACUUCUUCUGGAAACUAGGAGAUCCAUUUCCCAUUCUCAGCCCAAAACAUGGGAUUUUGUCCAUAGAACAGCUCAUCAGCCGGGUAGGUGUGAUUGGUGUGACUCUCAUGGCUCUUCUUUCUGGAUUUGGUGCUGUCAACUGCCCAUACACUUACAUGUCCUACUUCCUCAGAAAUGUGACUGAUGCAGAUAUCCUAGCCCUGGAACGGCGACUGCUUCAAACCAUGGAUAUGAUCAUCAGCAAAAAGAAAAGGAUGGCGAUGACACGGAGAACUAUGUUCCAGAAGGGGGAGGUGCAUAACAAACCGUCAGGAUUCUGGGGAAUGAUAAAAAGUGUUACCACUUCAGCACCAGGAAGUGAAAAUCUUACUCUUAUUCAACAGGAAGUGGAUGCUUUGGAAGAACUAAGCAGGCAGCUUUUUCUGGAAACAGCUGAUCUAUAUGCUACCAAGGAGAGAAUAGAAUACUCAAAAACUUUCAAGGGGAAAUACUUUAAUUUUCUGGGUUACUUUUUCUCUAUUUACUGUGUUUGGAAAAUUUUCAUGGCAACCAUCAAUAUCGUUUUUGACCGAGUUGGGAAAACUGAUCCUGUCACAAGAGGCAUCGAGAUCACUGUGAAUUAUCUGGGGAUCCAAUUUGAUGUAAAGUUCUGGUCUCAGCACAUUUCCUUCAUUCUGGUUGGAAUAAUCAUCGUCACAUCUAUCAGAGGAUUACUGAUCACUCUUACAAAGUUCUUUUAUGCCAUCUCCAGCAGUAAGUCCUCCAAUGUCAUUGUCCUGCUAUUAGCACAGAUAAUGGGCAUGUACUUUGUCUCCUCUGUGCUACUGAUUCGAAUGAGCAUGCCUCUAGAGUACCGCACCAUAAUCACCGAAGUGCUUGGAGAGCUACAGUUCAACUUCUAUCACCGUUGGUUUGACGUGAUCUUCCUGGUCAGUGCUCUCUCCAGCAUCCUGUUCCUCUAUUUGGCUCACAAACAGGCACCAGAGAAGCAUAUGGCACCUUGAACUCACACCUGUUACAGACUGCUGCAGGCCAGUGGUGUCAGAAUUUGGAUAUAAGAGAUAAAAUGGAGGGGACCAGGGCCUCGUGUUUUUUAAACAAUCAAAAUGCUGAGGUAGCAUGUUCUGCCUUCAGCGUAUGCCUCCCUCCUCUGGAUACUGUGAUCAUGAGUAGCAUUAGCUAGAACAUGGGAACGUGAAGUAAACUUAAGCUAGCACUCAGCUGAGAGCAUCCCAUGUGGGUUUGAGGCUGGUGGGAAAGGGGGUGGAAAAGAGCCAAGAAACUAGGUGGGGGGAAUACACUGGAACUCUGCAGGUAAGGGGAAGUCUCAGGGAGCUGGGCCGAACACCUGGAAUUUCUGCUCAAGGCUCACACGGAGGAGGUUAUGGCUUUCCCUUAAGAUUGACUGUCAUUAAAAUCAGAUUGCAACCCUUUGGCCUUAGCUUCAUUUUCUCAAGGACAGCUUGGUGUAGUGUGCUUGUGCAAUCUAACACAAGUUGGCAUCCUCCUGCCAACCCCUGCCCCAUUAAAAUAACCAACAGGUUCUCUCUUCUUGUCUGGGGACAGGACGGUGUGCUACUGAAAUAGAUUCUGCCAAGAGUGUUCAGGUAUAUCAUUUUUAUUGAUUUCCUUUUAAUUAAGUUAGUAGUAUUUGAGAGUGAAUUACUGUACAUUCAAUUUGGUGAUGAUGUCUCAUUUUUUUCUUUCCAUCUGCCCCUCAUGCUGUGUGGUAAAACAAUGAAUAACUGUUAACUAGAAUAAGUCAUUUUCCUAUGCUAGCCCCUACUUUCUCCAUCUGUGAAAGGAAAAUGCUGGAAAGGUUACAGAACAUUGAGAAAUGCAAUUUAAGGAAAUCCUGAGUUUUAUCACCAGUAAGUCUCUAAGAUCUUAUUCUGAAUUUUAUUGUUUUGGGUUUCUAGAGGCAAAAUGAAGGUUACAGCAUAAAAGCAAGUUUACCAAAAACAAAAGCACUCUUGAGGUUUUAUCAACUAACCGGGAAGAUUCAAGUAUACUCUAAAGGCAUUCUUAAUGGCAUCUAUUUUAGCAACCACAACAUUCUUACAAAAGCAUAAUUUUAAUAGGCUCAUCUGCUCAGAUACUUUAUAGCAGCUCUCACAUAUACAGAUUUACAAAUCAUCUUUAAUGCUCAAGGAGCCUAUAGAAUUAAGAGAUAUCGUCAUAGAGAAAUGUAGUGAAGUUGAAGCUUGAAAGAAAUCACGUGAAAAGAAUGUGGUUCCCGCCUUAAGUUGGCCAUAAAUAAGCCAUCUAUUGCAGUAGUCACCCCCAAGGCAAAUGACAACAGAAGACAGUCCCCCAUGAUGAACUGGUUGCCAGAGGAGUUCCUCUCUACCAGAGACAGUGAAUGGGUGGCAGCUCAUUCUUCGGGAAAGGAUCCCUACUCAACACCCAGAAACAGCUGUCAGCCAACGCCGUUAGUUGCUCUCAUCACAUCUCUGUAUCUUCAGAAUUGGAAGAAGAAUGUGAGGCUGUACUGUACGCCUACGCAAAAGAGAACAAAAGGUCCGUAAGUGCCAGAGUGUGAAUGUCAGCAGCUGCAUGACUGCAGGCAGGGAGUAGAGUCACUCACUAGAAGCCAGGUAACCUGAAUUGUGCAGUUGGCUUUGUUUCGCCUGCCGUUUGACACUAACAAAUUUCUUAAUAUCUGUAGAUCUUUUCUAUAAAGCUAGCAUAUGCCUAUAAUUGACUUGCUAUAGAAAUAUAAAAUUUUUUAAAGACAAGUAGACGCUUUCUUUGCUAAGCAAUCAAGAAUGCAAGGUCAGUGGCUACUGUGUGUGCUGUGGUCUGAAUGUUUGUAUUUCCCCAAAAUUCAUAUAUUGAAAUACUAAUCCUAAGGUCAGGUGAUGAUAUUAGGAGGUAGGAACCUUUGGGAGGUGAUUAGGUCAUGAGGGCAGAGCCCUCGUGAUUGGGAUUAAGGCCUUAUGAAAGAGCCCCCCACCCCCACCCCGAGCUCCCUAUCCCCUUCUACCAUGUGAGGACAUAGCAGGAAAUUGGCCAACUACAGCCUGGAAGAGGGCCUUCCCCAGACACCAAAUCUGUCCUUCAGAACUGUGAGAAAUAAAUGUGUGUUGUUUAUAAGCCACCCAGUCUAUGGUCUUUUAUUAUAGCACCCCAAACUACGUGUGUCUUCAUUAACAAACAGUAUUUAAUUUAUAUGACCAGUCUGUAAAAUUAAUGUAAAUGGAGUAGAAUUAAAUGUAAUGGAAAGAAGAAUGAUAUAAAACUUUUAGAGUCUUGGCUUUGCCAUACAUUUCCUCUGUGAACUUGGACAAAAAUAUAAAAGACUUAUCGAGGAUUUUAAUCCAAAUACAGAGUAAUGCUUAUUCCUCCCUAUUAAUAAAACACAAAUACCUGCCAAUUAUCUUAAAAACAAUGUCUCUAACCACCACCAUUCAUUUUAUGCUUAGCAUUAUUAACCAGGCACUGUUUGAAGCACUUUGAUAGUCUUAGUUAAUAGGAAACAAACUGCGGGUUGCUGGAGGGGAGGUGGGUAGGGGGAUGGGGUAACUGGGUGAUGCACAUUAGGGAAGGCACUCAAUGUAAUGAGCACUGGGUGUUAUAUGCAACUGAUGAAUCACUAAACUCUACCUCUGAAACUAAUAAUAUACUAUAUGUUAAUUGAUUUUAAAUAAAAGAAUCAGUAAUUUGUAAAAAGUCUUAGUUUAUAAUAAUAAUAAUACUACAAAUUAUCCUUGGUUUACAGGUGGGGAAAGUGAGGCAGAGAAUGAAUAAAUCCAUUUGCCCAAGACUGUUAAGUGGCAGAACCAGAAUUUGUACAUAGUCUGAUUCAGGUUCUUCUGAUGGUUCCAUUAUAAUUUUGAUAAACUUUUAUUUCUUGAUUUGACAGUUACCGUCAACUCCAUGCCAUGAAAAAGCAGCUUGUCCUCCUACCACUUCUCCACCAAAAUAAUUUGACUUGCUUUUUACCUUUGUAAUUUCCUAGUAUUCUAGGAAAUCUGUGGUAAACAGAGACCUGAAGUGUGCUUAUUAAGGAUUUUAUCAUACCCUGAUAGGUUAGAUCACUAAAAGAAGUCUAUCACCACUCACUCGUUCUUUUGCUGUGUGUGAGUCGUGCUCUGGUUCUGCCAGUGUCUCUUCUUUGGAAUCAGUGGGGGCAUCCAGUGGAUCAGCCAUGGAGGAAACAAUAGGGAUUUUCUUAGCCUGGAAAUAAUCAUAGGCUUUCUUUCCACAGACUAAGAGUGUGACAUUCUCCCCACUGCUCUGGAUUCUGUCUACCAACUUCUCAUAGGGUUCAUCCACCACGUUCACUCCAUUCACUUCGAUGAUGAUAUCUUCAUCCUCCAGCCCUGCCAGCUCGGCAGGGCUGCCCUUCAGUACCUAUAAAAAGAAGGUCUGAAUUACCACUUCCAAACACGGAUAAAGGAAUGUUAGAUUAGCUUCCCUUCGGAGGAGAGAGGAGUCUGAAAAUGUGUUCUUAAUCACAUUCUUUCUCCCUGAGGUACAGAAGAAAGGUGCUCUAAUGCUUUUCUGCUUCAGAAAGUUCCAACAACCGUACUCAAAUGAGUACCAUGGGAAGAGGGCUCCAAGAUGACAGCACAAGAAGACUCUGAGCUCACCUCCUCCCACAGACACCAAAUCUACACCUACAUAAAGAGCAAUUCCUCCUGAAGACCUGAGGGCUGAUUGAGCAGCGUCUGCACAAAAAAAGGAGAGACCACAUAGAGAACAGCAGGAGAUGGAGACACAGUAAUGAUGAGACCCCCACCCCUGCCACUACAAACUGCAGUAGGGAGGGAUAGCACUGAGGAGUCUGCACAGAUUCCCCAGACCUGGGGCCCAGGAAAAAAAUAGCAGUUUAAAGAGCAGCUAGACUCUGAAGGGAACCAAUUUACUAACCACAGAGCAUCCAGCAAAUGGUAGGGAAACUGCUGAAACUCUCAGGGUCACGCGUCUAGCAAGUACCACUGUUGACAUUCCCUCUCCAGCUUGAUAGUGCAAAACGGGCCCAGGGUCCAGGUGUUCUAGCCAUCCUGCCGCCUCAGCAAACCCAGGGACCCUAGCCCACACCAGCUGCAGGUGGGCACUGUCUGGCCCACACCAGGACCCCCUCAGCUGUCUCACCAAAGUAGUCAUGGCAUAGGCGCCCCAAGAUCACUCCAGCCAAUGCCUGCUUCAGCCAUGCCACCAGAGCUAGCUCCACCCAAAGCCACUAGGUACAUGCAGUCUACACUGGGGACAUUUCUACACAAGAUCACUCCUUUAAGACAGGGAGAGGUAGCUGUUUUGUCUGAUUCAUAGAGACAAACACCAGAAGUGAAACAAAAUGAGACAGGAAUAUGCUCCAAAUGAAAGAAUAAGAUAAAACUUAAGAACUGAACAAAAUGGAGAUAAGCAAUCAACCUGAGAAAGAGUUCAGAGUAAUGGUCCUAAAGAUGCUCACCAGAUGAGAGAAAAUUAAAUGAAUGCAGUGAGAACUUAAAGAAAUAGAAAAUAUAUUCUUUAUCUCUAACUGGGUUUUAUAGUAACUGAAAUUUUAAAAUACCCUAGAGGGAAUCAACAGAUGAUAUAGAACAGAUCAGUGAUCUGGAAAGACAGGUAAGCACCCAAGCUGAAUAACAAAAAGAAAAAAAAUUUUAAUUGAAAUAAGGUUAAAGAGUCUCUGGGACAACAUCAGAGUGUGGUAACAUUCGUGAUAUAAGGAUCCCAGAAGGAGAAGAGAGAAAAGGACGGAAAGCUUAUUUGAAGAAAUAAUAACUGAAAUAACUGAAAACUUCCCUAACCUGGAGAAGGAGACAGACUUCCAGGAGAACCCCAAGCAAGAUGAACCUAAGGAGGAACAACAAAACCCAUAAUAAUUAAAAUGUCAAAGAUUAAAGAUAAAAAGCAGCAAGAGAAAUGCAACUAGCUACAUACGAGGGAAAUCUCAUAAAGGCUAUCAGCCGAUUUUUCAGUAGAAACUUUGAAAUUAUAUAUAUAAUCCCACUCCCCCUCUGGCCUGCAAAGGGCUGAAAGGACAAAAACCUACAUGCAAGGAUGUUCUACCCAGCAAGAUUAUUUUCAGAAUUGAAGGAGAGAGAAGUCACAACCCCUAAAUCAGCCUUAUAAGAAAUGUUGAAGGGCCUCUCCAGGCUGGAAAGAAAAGGCCAUAACUAGAAGAAAAUUAUGAAAGGAAAAAAUUUCACCAAUAAAAGCAAACAUAUAGUAAAGGUAGUAGCUUAGUCACUUAAAGGUUGAAACAUGAAAGUAGUAAAACCAAUUAUAUCUUUAAAAAAAAGAUUUACAAAAUAAAAAGAUAUAAGACAUGCACUAAGUGUGGAGGGGAAGGAAUAAAAAUGUAGUGCUUUAGAAUGUAUUUGAAUUUGGGAUGCCUAGGUGUCUCAGGCAGUUAAGCAUCUGACUCUUGAUUUCGGCUUAGGUCAUGAUCUCAGGAUUGUGAGAUCAAGCCCCCUGCAUCGGGUUCCACACAGGGCGUGGAUCCUACUUAGGAUUCUCUCUUUCCCUCUGGCCUCCCUCCCCAACACUCGUUUGUGCUCUCUCUCUCUUUAAAAAAAAAAAAAAAAAAACGGG